UGGGGUCCUGUUUGUGUAAAUGUCAUUCGUUGUUGCUGUUACUCAACUCAUGGAGAUCAGAUUGGAAUGAGUUGUAGUGAGGUGGUCGAUCAGAGUGAUUUUAAAGUGAAGUAGCUUGAGGAUGGCUCUCAUGGCAGGGCUGCUCUCCGCGGCGGUUGUCUCUCUGCGAUCCGGAUCAAGAGCUUUAAUGCGAAUUAACACACGAGCUGCAGCACAUCAGCAGUUUUUAGCCCUGCAUCACCUUAAACCAUCAGCAUCCAUAGGAAAUAUCUACUCAAUCCCACACUUAUUGUAUUCCAGUGACCCACCUAAAGAUGGUAAACCAAGUGGACCAGAACAUCGGCCCGGAGGGGGCAAAGGGAAGAAAGGAGGCAGGAUAGACUGGAAGAGCCGAUUACUCCAGGGAGAUGUGCCGUGGGACGACAAGGAUUUUAAGUAUAUUUUGAUCGCAGCAGGAGGUGUUGCAUCUGUCCUGCUCUACCUGUACCUCAGAGAUCCAGGGAGAGAGAUCUCAUGGAAGGAUUUUGUCCAUCGCUACCUGGGCAGAGGGCUGGUUGACCGUUUAGAGGUUGUGAAUAAACAGUUUGUCAGAGUCAUCCUGAUACCUGAGGCCGAUACCACAGAAAGCUAUGUGUGGUUUAACAUUGGCAGUGUUGACUCAUUCGAGCGUAAUCUGGAGGCUGCUCAUUAUGAGCUGGGUCUGGAGCCGUCCCACAGAGCCGCAGUGGUGUACACCUCUGAGAGUGAUGGGUCUUUUCUGAUGAGUUUCAUUCCCACGCUUCUCUUGAUUGGCUUCUUGCUUUUCACUCUACGGCGUGGGCCAAUGGGAGGAGGAAUGGGCGGCGGAAGGGGCGGGCCCUUUAGCAUGAGCGAAUCCACCGCCAAGAUGAUGAAAGACAACAUUGAGGUGAAGUUUAAAGACGUUGCUGGAUGCGAAGAAGCCAAGGUGGAGAUCUUGGAGUUUGUCAAUUUCCUCAAGAACCCUCAACAGUACCAGGACCUGGGUGCUAAGAUCCCUAAGGGUGCUGUGCUGUCUGGUCCUCCGGGCACAGGUAAAACAUUGCUCGCCAAAGCCACUGCUGGAGAAGCAAACGUUCCUUUUAUUACAGUCAACGGCUCUGAGUUUCUCGAGAUGUUUGUUGGAGUUGGUCCAGCCCGAGUCAGGGACAUGUUUGCUAUGGCGAGGAAGAACGCUCCCUGCAUCCUCUUCAUCGAUGAGAUCGACGCUGUGGGGAGGAAGAGGGGUGGAGGGAAUUUCGGUGGCCAGAGUGAACAGGAAAACACCCUGAAUCAGCUGCUGGUCGAGAUGGAUGGUUUUAAUACUAGCACAAAUGUUGUCGUUCUGGCUGGUACAAACAGACCGGACAUCCUUGAUCCUGCAUUGAUGCGACCGGGAAGGUUUGACAGGCAGAUAUACAUAGGACCACCUGAUAUUAAAGGCAGAGCGUCCAUCUUUAAAGUACACCUGCGGCCCCUCAAACUUGACCCCAGUCUGGACCGUGAUGGCAUUGCGAGGAAGAUGGCAGCUGCCACACCGGGCUUUACUGGUGCUGAUAUUGCAAAUCUGUGUAAUGAAGCUGCUCUUAUUGCCGCCAGACAUCUGAAUGAAUUUAUCAACGUUAAACACUUCGAGCAGGCCAUCGACAGAGUCAUUGGAGGUCUGGAGAAGAAGACACAAGUCUUACAACCCACUGAGAAAAAGACAGUCGCCUUUCAUGAGGCGGGGCACGCAGUGGUGGGCUGGUUUCUCCAACAUGCUGACCCUCUCCUCAAGGUUUCUAUUAUUCCCAGAGGGAAGGGUCUGGGCUAUGCACAGUACCUUCCCAAGGAGCAGUAUUUAUAUACUCGAGAGCAGCUGUUUGACAGGAUGUGCAUGAUGUUGGGGGGACGUGUGGCCGAGCAGGUGUUCUUCAGCAAAAUCACCACUGGAGCGCAUGAUGACCUAAAGAAGGUCACACAGUCAGCAUACGCUCAGAUUGUGCAGUUUGGCAUGAGUGAGAAGGUAGGACAGGUGUCAUUUGACCUGCCCAGACAGGGUGAAAUGGUUAUGGAGAAGCCUUACAGUGAGGCUACAGCAGAGCUUAUUGAUGAGGAGGUCAGAGAGCUGGUUGACAAAGCCUACAUAAGAACUCUGGAGCUCAUCACUGAGAAACGAGAGCAGGUGGAAAUGGUCGGUAGGCGUCUGCUGGAAAAAGAAGUUCUAGACAAAGCUGACAUGGUGGAGUUGCUGGGGCCCAGGCCAUUCGAGGAGAAGUCCACCUAUGAGGAGUUUGUAGAGGGCACAGGCAGCUUUGAGGAAGACACAAGCCUUCCAGAAGGCUUAAAGGACUGGAACCAAGAGAGAGGAGAAAACCAGGAGGAGACACCGGCCGCACAGGAGAAACAGGCUGCUUGAAAUUAUGAACAUAUCUUUAAAAUACUUUCCAUCUGCCUCUGACACUUGCCUUAAAGUGGUCACUUAGUGUGGGGGGGGGGGGGAGUCAGUUAUCUUGGCUUUGUACACAAAGAAUGUGAUUUUUUUGUGGGAUUUCCAUUUCACUUCCAGUGUUUACCCAAAGCAGGGAACUUGUACUGAAUUUAAAAAGCCUUAAUCUGUGCGGUGCUAUGCAACAUGUAAAUUUCAAUACAACGGCUAGCACUGAUAUGUCAACUCACACUAGAGGACAGAUCAACAACCUAAAAUUAUGUUUAGUUUUUAUUAUCUUAGGUUUUCUGGGAUUACAUCAUAGACUAGAUGCUAUCCUUUUAUCUACUCUUACAGUAUCUUCCACUUUAUAGAAAUGGAAGAAAAAUAUGUAUAUUUGUAAAUUUUUCAUUUGUGUGUUCUGAGAAAAAAAUGUUUUGAACUCGU